CAGAGAUGGAAAAAUGAGCUGUUAACGUGGAAAAGGGAGAAUCACAACGGCGUUAAAAUAUUAAGAAUCGAUCCCAGCUUGGUAUGGAUACCAGACAUUGUCCUGUACAACAGGUUCGUAAAACACUCUGGUAGUGAAGGAGGGUACCAGUGAAAUGUCUCCUGACAAGAUCUAAUGGUAAUAGGAGAGUGGUAAACUUCAAACGUCGUUUUUCAUAUACCGAACCUAUAUCCUUAAAUUAAGUAGAUGAACAGAUCGACUUUUGAAUCAAUUAAGCCAACAUGUCUAAUUUGGGUCGACCCACAUUCGACUGGUAAUUUCGAGUGUGGAGCGACUCCUUUUUAAACUGGUCGAACCUCUCAUGUCCCGAAUCUAACGUUCGACGUUUGAACUGAACCUGAAUUGAAUCCAAUACGUUUUUAUACUAGUGAUUAAAACAAUACUUAGUAAAUUUUAAAAAUUUCUUCUUUCAGUGCAGACAGUGUGUUCAGCGGUGGCCUUGAGAAAUACAAGACACGAGUUAUCCUAGAGGACGAUGGUCGUAAUGCAUGGUACAGCCCAGCCUCGUUCCGAAGCACUUGCAAUAUUGAUGUGACGUACUUUCCCUUCGACGAACAGAAAUGUUCCAUGAAGUUUGGCUCUUGGACAUUUGUGCUAACAGACUUGGACAUAGACGCUGAAAAGUCGCCCACAUUCUCUGAUAAGUACGUAAAAAGCGCAGAGUGGGAUCUUAUUAAGGCCUCUAAGACGCGAAACGUUCAGUUUUACGAAUGCUGCUCGAUUCCGUUCGCAGAUGUUACCAUUGAAAUGAUUAUUCGUCGCAAGCCGCUGUUCUAUGCCUUCAACUUGAUAACCCCGUGUAUGAUCAUGUUGUCGAUGAUUCUUCUCGGGUUUUUUCUUCCUCCCGAAUCAGGCGAGCGCAUCACACUAAGCAUCACGGUCUUGCUAGCCAUGGCUGUGUUUCUACAGCUGGUCGCGGAAACUUUGCCUCGCAACUCAGAGACGAUCCCGCUGCUCGGCAAAUUUUACAUCACCAUCAUGGCGGAGAUAUCCAUGUCCCUGAUGUCAACCUGCUGGGUGUUAAACAUUCAUCACAGAAACUCCGGUCGCUCCGUCGUGAAGAUUCCAUCGUGGGUUGAAAAAUUUGUUCUUCGCUGGCUGGCUAAUAUACUGUGUGUAAGAAAGCCUGCAAUUAAAAUGGAGAAAAGUUCAAACGAAGGCAAAAGCGGGGAUUGCCAUGGUGACAUCCAAAUACUUGCGCAGGAGCCCACAAUGAGCGCUGAAGAGCAUGCGCUGUUACCAAUGAAUCACGUGACUACCGUGUGUCGUUCGAUAGCAAAGGUACAGAAAAGGCUUUCGCUUCCAAAUGGCAUGCCCAAGAAUUCCGAGCAAAAUUCAAAGAGAACCGAGGAAGAUAUUGCGAAAGACUUGACAGUGCUGGCAGAGCACACAAAAUUGAAUAGACAAAUUGAUGAAAAUCAAAAGAAAUGGAAACACGUUGCCAUGGUGAUGGACCGAUUUUUCUUCUGGUUUUUCGUCAUCACCGUUCUUAUUUCUACGUUAGUGAUAUUCAAAGAAAAAAUACGACAGGAAAGUUCUGGCUCUUCUCGGAUAACCUCCUGA